AUGCACGGACCGAACAGGCACCGGCUGUCCACACUACGCUUCCGCUCACAAGUUCUCACAGAAACUUCAAAUCGCCCGGCGCACACGUUUCGCGGGGUAACCGUCACAGAAUUUCGGGAAGUUGCGGGAAUUUCGACGCGAUUCCGUGCGCUGGACGCGGUUCGGCUCUUCCGUGGGCCGAGGCUGGUCGCGGCUGCCGCGCGGAAACAUAAUACGGGGGCAGGGUCCUCGAAGAUCGGGACAAAGGAGAAUCCGUUCGCGGCAGUAAACUUCGCGCGCAGGCUC